AGCGGAAGGAAGGGUCUUUGCUGGAGGGAUUCCCGGCGUCGCGGCGGACGUCCCGCCCGCCGAAGUGGCCGAACAGUAUAUGUGAGAGGAAUCGCUGCCUCCUUUAACAAAGAAUCCCGACGCUAUGCUAAUGAGAGGCUGUGGGGAUGACUGUGAGCUUCUGACUCCCUCCCCCCAGCCCCCGGGUCCCCGUCUGUCCGAAGGAGGGCGAAGGUGGGGCCCGUAGAAGUUAAAAUACAAGCCUAAAACACGCUUUCUUCCGCAAGUGUGUGGAGCUGAGAGCUGCAGCCCACGGAAGGGGCCACAGAUAGCUAAGGAGGCAGUUCUGGACCUGGCUACCAGAUCCCAUGGCAACACCCAACCCUCAGCUGUUGGUGGCAGCUGCUCAGCAGACGCUGGGCAUGGGAAAGAGACGAAGCCCGCCCCGAGCCACCUGCCUCCACCUAGCUGCAGAGGUGCUAGCUGUGGCUCGGGGACUGAAACCAGCUUUGCUUUAUGACUGUAACUGUGCAGGGGCUUCCCAGAUCCAGAGCUAUCUGGAGGAACUGCAGAGGCUGGGCUUCCUGACUCUGGGACUUCACAUCCUGCAGCUUGGGGAAAACAGCCUGAUUAUCAGCCCUGAGCACGCAUGCCAGCACUUGGAGGAGGUACUGCUUGGUCCCCUAACCUUUGUGGAUGUGUCCAGCACCCAGCCUCAUCCUGUUAUCCGCUCGUUGGACCAGCUUCCGGACUUGAAGGGCCUUGUGGCUGAGAUCGUCACGCAUUUGCAGGGGCUGCGGAGGAACUUAUUCCCGGCAGUCUCCUGCAGCAGGCUUCUGUCCACUGGCUGGAAUUUCUGUACCGUGUUUGGGAUCCUCCUGGGCUAUCCUGUCCCCUAUACCUUUCACCUGAACCAAGGAGAUGACAACUGCCUAGCCCUGACUCCACUGCGGGUGUUCACUGUCCGGGCCACCUGGCUGCUGGGUUACCCCCCAGUCCUGCUCUAUUCUUUCAGUGUCCCAGAGAGCUUGUUCCUAGCUCUGAGGGACAUUGUGAACACCUGGAAGGAGGACCUAACAACCCGAUGUCAGACCCAGAGUGACUUUGCUGACCUCAGUAUCUCCUCUGAAAUAGUCACCCUGCCAGCGGUGGCCCUCUGACUGUAACCCUCCUCCCAUGUUUCAGGUGUGCGGAGAAGAACGAUCUUCCAGCCAGGGAGCAUCUCAAAUGCCAACUCCAAUCCGCUGGUAGGGGCUGGCUCCAGCACCUGAGAGAAAGGUGUUGAGGUCAUACCUGGGCUUAAGGGAAAAGAAUGCUGUACACAACUGACCACAUCUGCCCUGGGCAUGGGAAUAGGUGAUGACAGCAUUGGUAUUACGUGUUUGCCACUUCCUGACUAGGCCGCCCUCUUGACUUGGCUGUGCAUUUGUUGAUUGGAUAGGAUAGAAAAGGAGCGAUGGUGGGAAAGAGGAAGAGUGGGUAGGACACAGCAGUGUACCCUGGUAGGCCAGCCUUGUAAAGAUGUGCCCUGUGUGGGCAGUCUGCUUAGCAAAGAAAAGGCCCAAACUUGCCUUGAUUUGGACCAGGUAAAGUAGACUAGGAUGUGUAAGUGUGUCUCUUAUCUUUUGUGAUAUGAUGUGUUAUUUAGGAAUAAAAAGAAAUCUGAGGAAGGGA